UGCCCAGCUGCAGAUAUGAAGCGGAGCCGCGGCCGCGACCGACCGCAGCCGCCGCCGCCGGUCGCGCGUCGGGAGGAUGGGGCUCAGCGGGCGGCGGAGCUGCCCCAGCCCUUAGCCCCGCGCCGGCGAGCGCCGCCCGGGAGGCAGCGCCUGGAGGAGCGGACCGGGCCCCCGGGGCCAGAAGUCCAGGAGCAGGAUGUGGUAGCCGGACUCAGCCCCCUGCUCUUCAGGAAGCUCAGUAAUCCCGACAUAGUUUCAUCCACUGGCAAGGCGAGACUUCAGCGACAGCUUAGUCAGGAUGACUGCAAGUUACGGAGAGGAAGCCUGGCCAGUUCUUUGUCAGGCAAGCAGCUGCUCCCCUUGUCCAGCAGUAUCCAUAGCAGUGUGGGACAGGUGGCUUGGCAGCCUUCUGGAGAAGCAUCAAACCUGGUUCGGAUGAGGAAUCAGUCCCUCGGACAGUCUGCACCUUCUCUUACUGCGGGCUUGAAGGAGCUGAGCCUUCCAAGAAGAGGCAGCUUUUGUCGGACAAGUAACCGCAAGAGUUUGAUUGUGACCUCUAGCACGUCCCCUACACUCCCGCGACCCCACUCACCACUCCAUGGCCACACAGGCAGCAGUCCUUUGGACAGCCCCCGGAAUUUCUCUCCAAGCGCACCUGCUCACUUUUCCUUCGUUCCUGCCCGUAGCCAUGGCCACAGAGCAGACAGGACGGAUGGACGGCGCUGGUCUUUGGCCUCUUUGCCUUCUUCGGGCUACGGAACCAACACUCCCAGCUCCACUGUCUCAUCAUCAUGCUCCUCGCAGGAAAAGCUGCACCAGUUGCCCUUCCAGCCCACAGCCGACGAGCUGCACUUUCUGACGAAGCAUUUCAGCACAGAGAGCGUCCCGGAUGAGGAGGGCCGGCAGUCCCCGGCCCUGCGGCCCCGCUCCCGCAGCCUCAGCCCUGGACGGUCACCAGUUUCCUAUGACAGCGAGAUAAUAAUGAUGAAUCAUGUAUACAAAGAAAGAUUCCCCAAGGCCACCGCACAAAUGGAAGAGCGUCUGGCGGAGUUCAUCUCCUCCAACGCGCCAGACAGCGUGUUGCCCUUGGCGGACGGAACCUUGAGCUUUAUUCAUCAUCAGGUGAUUGAGAUGGCCCGAGACUGCCUGGAUAAGUCCCGGAGUGGCCUCAUCACCUCACACUACUUCUACGAACUUCAAGAGAAUUUAGAAAAGCUCCUGCAAGACGCUCACGAACGCUCCGAGAGCUCCGAAGUGGCUUUUGUGGUACAGCUGGUGAAGAAGCUGAUGAUUGUCAUCGCCCGCCCCGCUCGACUGCUGCAAUGCCUGGAGUUCGACCCCGAAGAGUUCUACCACCUGUUAGAAGCAGCUGAGGGCCACGCCAAAGAGGGACAAGGGAUUAAAUGUGACAUUCCCCGCUACAUCGUUAGCCAGCUGGGCCUCACGCGGGAUCCCCUAGAGGAAAUGGCCCAGUUGAGCAGUUAUGACAGUCCUGACACUCCGGAGACAGAUGAUUCGGUCGAGGGCCGUGGGCCAUCUCUGACACCUCAGAAGACACCCUCUGAAGAGGACUUUGAAACCAUCAAGCUCAUCAGCAACGGCGCCUACGGGGCCGUUUUCCUGGUGCGGCACAAGUCCACCCGGCAGCGCUUUGCCAUGAAGAAGAUCAACAAGCAGAACCUGAUCCUGCGGAACCAGAUCCAGCAGGCCUUCGUGGAGCGCGACAUCCUGACGUUCGCGGAGAACCCCUUCGUGGUCAGCAUGUUCUGCUCCUUCGAGACCAGGCGCCACCUGUGCAUGGUGAUGGAGUAUGUGGAAGGAGGGGACUGCGCCACUCUGCUGAAGCACAUCGGGGCCCUGCCCGUGGACAUGGUGCGCCUGUACUUCGCGGAAACCGUGCUCGCCCUGGAGUAUCUGCACAACUACGGCAUCGUGCACCGUGACCUCAAGCCUGACAACCUGCUGAUUACAUCCAUGGGGCACAUCAAGCUCACCGACUUCGGCCUUUCUAAAAUUGGCCUCAUGAGUCUGACCACAAACUUGUACGAGGGCCACAUUGAAAAGGAUGCUCGGGAGUUCCUGGACAAGCAGGUGUGCGGGACCCCGGAGUACAUCGCGCCCGAGGUGAUCCUGCGUCAGGGCUACGGGAAGCCGGUGGACUGGUGGGCCAUGGGCGUGAUCCUGUAUGAGUUCCUGGUGGGUUGCGUCCCCUUCUUCGGCGACACUCCGGAGGAGCUCUUCGGGCAAGUGAUCAGUGAUGAGAUCGUGUGGCCCGAGGGGGAUGAUGCGCUGCCGCCAGAUGCCCAGGAUCUCACCUCUAAACUGCUCCACCAGAAUCCUCUGGAGAGGCUGGGUACAGGCAGUGCCCACGAGGUGAAGCAGCACCCCUUCUUCACUGGUCUGGACUGGACGGGACUUCUUCGCCAGAAGGCUGAGUUUAUUCCUCAGCUGGAGUCGGAGGAUGAUACCAGCUACUUUGACACCCGCUCCGAGCGGUACCACCACAUGGACUCGGAAGACGAGGGGGAAGCGAGUGAGGACGGCUGCCUGGAGAUCCGCCAGUUCUCCUCCUGCUCUCCACGGUUCAGCAAGGUGCACAGCAGCAUGGAGCGGCUCUCGCUGCUGGAGGAGCGCCGGCCACCCCCGCCGCCGAAGCGCAGCCUGAGCGAGGAGAAGGAGGACCGCUCCGACGGCCUGGCGGGGCCCCGGGGCCGCGACCCCGGCUGGGUGAUUGGCUCCCCUGAGAUGUUGCGGAAGCGGCUGUCGGUGUCGGAGUCGUCGCACACGGAGAGCGACUCAAGCCCCCCGCUGACCGUGCGCCGCCACUGCUCGGGCCUCCUGGAUGCGCCUUGCUUCCCUGAGGCCACCGAGGAGGCUCGUGGCGCCCCCAGGAGGCAGCAGCCGGAGGGCGCGUGGCCUCCGGCGCCCCCGUCUGGAGAGGGGGGAUCCGGGCUGGCCCCCGAUCGGCCCGCGGAGCGGCGGCUGACGCUGGACGAGGAGCCCGGAGGCCCGAGCAGCGCCUCCGGCCCAGCCCUGGAGGCUCGAGGAGGCCGUGGGACCCUGCAGCCAGCUGAGGGAGCCACCGCCAAGGCCAUCAGUGACCUGGCGGUGCGCAGGGCCCGCCACCGGCUGCUCUCUGGAGACUCCAUAGACAAGCGCACUGCUCGGCCCAUCAACAAAGUGAUCAAGUCCGCCUCUGCCACCGCCCUGUCCCUCCUCAUUCCUGCCGAACAGCACACCUGCUCGCCGCGGGCCAGCCCCAUGUCCCCACACUCCCAGUCCUCCAACCCAUCAUCCAGGGACUCUUCUCCAAGCAGGGACUUCCUGCCGGCCCCCAGCAGCCCACGGCCGCCCCUCGUCAUCCACCGAGCUGGCAAGAAGUACGGCUUCACCCUGCGGGCCAUCCGUGUCUACAUGGGGGACUCGGACGUCUACACUGUGCACCACAUGGUUUGGCACGUGGAGGACGGAGGUCCGGCCAGCGAGGCGGGCCUUCGUCAGGGGGACCUCAUCACCCACGUCAACGGGGAGCCUGUGCACGGGCUGGUGCACACGGAGGUGGUGGAGCUGAUCCUCAAGAGCGGAAGCAAGGUGUCCAUUUCAGCAACUGCCCUGGAGAACACGUCUAUUAAAGUGGGGCCAGCGCGGAAGGGCAGCUACAAGGCCAGGAUGGCCCGAAGGAGCAAGCGGAACCGGGGCAAGGAUGGGCAGGAGAGCAGAAAAAGGAGCUCUCUGUUCCGGAAGAUCACCAAGCAGGCGUCUCUGCUCCACACCAGCCGCAGCCUUUCUUCCCUCAACCGCUCGUUGUCGUCAGGCGAGAGCGGGCCGGGCUCUCCCACACACGGCCACAGUCUGUCCCCCCGGUCUCCCACGCAGGGGUACCGGGUGACCCCGGACGCUGUGCACUCAGUGGGGGGGAACUCAUCACAGAGCAGCUCCCCCAGCUCCAGCGUGCCCAGCUCUCCAGCCGGCUCUGGGCACACACGGCCCAGCUCUCUGCAUGGUCUGGCACCCAAGCUCCAGCGCCAGUACCGCUCCCCUCGGCGCAAGUCAGCAGGCAGCAUCCCGCUGUCACCGCUGGCCCACACCCCUUCUCCACCAGCAGCCGCUUCACCCCAGCGUUCCCCAUCGCCCCUGUCUGGCCACGGAGCCCAGGCCUUCCCCACCAAGCUUCACCUGUCACCUCCCCUAGGCCGGCAGCUCUCACGGCCCAAGAGUGCAGAGCCACCCCGCUCACCGCUCCUUAAGAGGGUCCAGUCAGCUGAGAAACUGGCAGCCGCACUAGCUGCUUCCGAGAAGAAGCUGGCCGCUUCCCGAAAACACAGCCUUGACCUGCCCCACCCUGAGCUAAAAAAGGAACUGCCACCCAGGGAAGUCAGCCCUCUGGAGGUGGUUGGCACCAGGAGUGUGCUGCCAGGGAAGGGGGUGCUGCAGCCUGCCCCCUCACGGGCCCUGGGCACCCUCCGCCAGGACCGGGCUGAACGGCGAGAGUCGCUGCAGAAGCAGGAAGCCAUCCGGGAGGUGGACUCUUCGGAAGAUGACACGGAUGAGGGGCCUGAGAACCGCCAGAGCGGUCGGGAGCCAGGCUUGGUACCUGACCCAGAAGUGGGCCAGGAUCCCCCUCUCAGGGGAGCAGGAGAGGGUGAGGAAGAGGAUGCCUUCUUGCCCAGGGACCCCAGGGGCCAGGGCCCGGGGAUCCCAGGCCUCGUGACAGGGGUCAUGCUGGCGCCUCCCAGAACGGAAGGCCCGAGUGUCCCCCAGAAGAGGCUUGGGGCCCCGGCAGCCUUUGAAGAGGCUGCCAGCUCUUCGGCAUCAGCCCCCAGCGUGGGUAGGGCUGGCCCCGCAGGCCCCAUCCCCCCCGAAAGCUGCUGGAAGGCCCGGCACCUCCACACCCAGCCCCUAGCAGCACUUCGUCUGAGCUCUUCCGGACUCGGCCCCACCGGCGGCUCCACCGGCCCUGCCUCCGAAGAGCGGGGCCCAUGGUCCUGGAGAUUCCUUGUGGAGGGUCCUGACGGGGCCUCCCCAGGCAGAAAGGCAACAGUGGAAGGCGGGCCGGCCAGCACCCGGGGUUUGGAAACCACAGCUCCCGUCCACCCGACAAACCCGUCUCCCAGACGGGAGGAAAAGGCAGGGCCGCCCAGUGCCCCCGGGCUGGCCUGCCCGCCUCGCCAGCUUCCCGGCCGGAGCCGGCUGUGGGUGUCUGAGGGCACAUGCAGCGAGGAAGAGGGGGAGCCAGCCCCGGGCGUCACCAAAGUGCCUGAUGCCUCGGGCGACAGGGGGCAGGACGUUCCAUGCAAAAGCUGCCCCCUCGCCCAGGAGCCUGGGCCCAGCCUGCUCAGAAAGGGCCGAGACCCGGGGGGCCCUCAGAAGCAUCAGGACUUGGCGUCCGAUGAGCUUUUAAAGCAGACGUAGCAGUUGUUUGCCGUUUCCUCCGCUCAGACCUGUGUAAUAACAUGCUCUUGAAAACCA